AUGUCUAUAAAUCGCCGUUUGUCAUCAUCGCCAUCGCCAUCGGUUGUCGAACACGGCGGUGAUAAAGACGGUGUCAGACUGAUUCGUCAAAUGACUUUAAUCGACUGUAUUUCCAUAGUGAUUGGUAUAAUCAUAGGCGGAGGGAUCUUCAUAUCUCCAAAAGGUGUAUUAGUCAAUACUGGGAGCACUGGAUGGGCGUUGGUGGUGUGGGUGUUAUGUGGAGUAAUGUCCAUGUUUGGAGGACUCUGCUAUGCUGAGCUGGGUACAACUUUCACCGUAUCAGGAGGAGACUUCGUGUACAUCCUUGAUGCUUUCGGACCAGUUCCUGCCUUUGUUCGCAUAUGGACUAGGAUUGUGGCUGUCCGGACUGGCUCGAGGGCGAUCAACUCGGUCUCUUUCGCGUAUUACGUCCUUUUACCUUUCUACAUGGGAUGUGAGGUCCCAUUUGUAGUUACUCGACUCAUAGGAGCAGCACUUCUUGUGUUAAUCGUUAUCAUCAACUCCCUAAGCGUUCCACUGACACGUAAGAUCCAAGUUGCAACAUCCUUCUGUAAAGUGUUGGGUCUUAUCGCAAUCGUCGUUGCCGGUGUUUACCAACUUAUAAAAGGUAAUACAUCGAAUAUAGAAACCGCAUUCUCUGAAGGGUCUAUAAAAUGGAAGACAUUACCUCUUGCCUUCUACUCUGGACUCUACGCUUACUCCGGAUGGGAAUUUCUUCCUUCGAUAGCUGAAGAAAUCAUCAACCCAGGAAGGUUCAGGACAAUUCCUCUGGCGAUUAUAAUAUCAGUCGCCUUCAUCACAUUUGUUUACGUGCUCGCCAACAUUGCUUACUUCAGUGUGCUUAACUCAACCGAACUCCUCGCUUCCAGCGCUGUUGCCUUGGACUUUGGUCAGCGUGUUUUCGGAAACUGGUCAUGGAUUCUGAGUGUUAUAGUUGCUAUAUCUAUAGCAGGCAACUUGAACGGUGGAGCUAUCACUUUUGCAAGAACCCUGUUGGUAGCAUCACGUGAAGGACACAUCCCCCAAGUCAUAUCAAUGGUACACAUAGAUCAGAAGACACCCCUCCCUGCUGCUGCAAGUCUGGUUCCUCUGGUAAUACCAAUCAUCUUUGUAUGUUGUGCACUCUUCCUGGUGGGUAUGUCUGUCUACAGCAGCCCUGUAGACUGUGGAAUAGGUUUAGCCAUCACUCUACUCGGGAUACCAGUCUACUAUGUGGGCGUGGCAUGGAAGAACAAACCUAAAUGGUUCACAAAUGCAAUGGGUAAGUAAAAUAUGUACUUAGUAGUCUAGUGUGGAUCCACACGUUGUACUGAUCGGCCAAUGGAUCUCAGCCAUGCGAGAGAUCAAAGCGAUGGAAUGGGGAUACGAGAGGGAGUCUUUUUCUUUUAUCAUCACAUUCUUUCCC